CUCUACUGAGCGCAUGCGCGCGGACCUGGACGUUUCCAAGUCUGACUUGGAGGCGAAUUUGGCCGUCGAGCGCCUCAAAACUUGUGCUGAGGUUGAUGAGGAGGCUAAGGCGCAGGCCGAGGCGGAUAAGGCCGAGUGGGAAGGAUUGGAGAAGGAGCUCCGGGAAGGAAACGCCGCACUCGCGCAGGAGCGCGAAGCCCUAUUAGAGGAGAAGAGCGUGCUCCGCCAAACCAUCGAAGGCCUGGAAGAGGCCAAUAAGAAGCUGAAGAGUCUCGUCGCACUACAAGGAUGAGCUGAAAAGGUCCCAUGCUGCCGUGCAACAAUUGGACCAAGACUUGGCCAACUAUCCGGACUCGGUCGCUGGCAAAGACCUUCUGGCUAACACUGUAAUCCACACAGUGGAGAUACUGAGGGCCAAGUUCCACGCCGACUAUCCGGAUGUGGCGUUCGACACGAUUGCUCUUAUUGAGUAUGUCGUGUCCGCCAUGGAGAACUAGUCAGGCGCCUCGGAAGCUGAAGCUUCGGUCGAGGAUGGUGCAGAGGCGGGUGCUGGUGUGAAUUCGCUUGCGGAUGGCACUGCGCCUAGUGAUGGUGGCGAUGGGGGAGACGUGGAGGUCGAGGUGGAUGACGAGGAGGUCAACAUCGAGGAAUGAAGCCAAUGAUGUUUUUUGUUUGUUUUUUUAAGGCACAUGUGCCUACUGUUUUGUCAUCCCUCAUUUUGAACAUGAAUUUUGCUAACUUUGGCAUGAAUACCCAGUUUCUUCCGCUUUUGAUUCUGACGUAUCUGAGUUGGGGCGCAUGAUCUUAGGGCGCGUUGUUACUUAGCCAGGGCGCAUGUGAUUAGGGCGAUGUACAUCUGCCUUGGUGGUCAUUAAAUCUUUGAUAAGUUU